AUGCUCAAGGGCAACCAGAUCCGUCAUGUGCAGUACAUCUGCGUGACACCGCGGCGGUUCACCACCCCGUGGGCACUGGAGCUCAAGAAACAGUGCUUCGAGAACUACAUCGGCACGACCCACUGGCCGCACUGUGAUAUUCGUCCGGCUGCUGAGAAGCCUAUGCGGGAUGGAAAGGUGUGUUCCAAGGAUCGCACUGAUUCCAGUCUUUAUCUGGGGAAAGCGGAUUCGACAAUUUACGGGGCGGUUUCUGGAGCGGUCUUAGCUGGGAUUCGGCUAGUUAUGCCAUCUGGAGUGCAUCACAUAAUGGAGAGCCCUAAUUCAGCUGCUGUGUUAUAGGGG